GAGCUUUUGCAAUUAUUAUUAAAUCAUUGACGUAAUAGUCUUUGGUUUCUCCUAAUAGUAAUUCCUGCUCUUUACAACUAUUUGUCAUCCUCACAACCAAAAGAGGAUUUUGGUUCUUAAUUCCAGUGUAAUCAUAAGAAUGGACAUCUGGGUAGUGAGGGCUCCCCUUCCUCUUUGUGUAGGAGCAUUGAAUUUUAAUAAUACGAGUUUCCAUUUGCAUUUGCAGCAGAGAAAGAGAUUUAACAUUAUCACUUCUUCAGCUGCUACCAGUAUGAGUACCGGUGUAUUGGAUGUUAACGAGAUACGAAAGAGAUACAAAAAAUGGCAAUGGAAGGGCCAGUACUCUAUUAACUACUUGGUUUCUUCUAACCCUAAUUCACUUUCCAAUUCUUCCCUACUUCUUGUUCAUGGCUUUGGUGCCUCUAUUCCUCAGUGGCGCAGGAACAUUGCCGUACUGGAAAAGAACCACACUGUUUAUGCCAUUGACCUUCUUGGGUUUGGUGCUUCAGAUAAGCCUGCAGGUUUUUCAUACACCAUGGAAACAUGGGCUCAGUUAAUAUUGGAUUUCUUGGCUGAAGUUGUUCAGAAGCCAACUGUGCUUAUAGGCAACUCUGUUGGAAGUCUUGCUUGUGUGAUUGCUGCCUCAGUGUCUGGUCAAAAUCUUGUUCAAGGGCUUGUGUUACUGAAUUGUGCUGGUGGCAUGAACAAUAAGGCGAUUGUUGAUGAUUGGAGGAUCAAGCUGUUACUACCUUUGCUUUGGUUCUUUGAUUUUUUGUUGAAGCAAAGGGGAAUUGCUUUGGCAAUCUUUGAGCAUGUGAAACAAAGAGAUACUCUUAGAAAUGUUUUACUGUCUGUGUAUGGAAAUAAGGAAUCUGUGGAUGAUGUCCUGGUGGAGAUCAUUAGAGAACCGGCAAAUGAUGAAGGGGCAGUUGAUGCAUUCGUUUCAAUUGUGACAGGGCCACCAGGGCCUAACCCAAUGCAGUUGAUGCCAUCAAUAUCCUUACCAGUUUUAGUUUUAUGGGGCGAUAAUGAUCCAUUCACUCCCCUUGAUGGACCUGUUGGUAAAUACUUCUCUUCUCUUCCUUCUCAACAAUCAAAUGUAAGGCUAUUUGUGCUGGAAGGAGUAGGACAUUGUCCUCAUGAUGACAGACCCGACUUAGUCCAUGAAAAACUUCUUCCUUGGUUAGCUAAUUUUCCUGCUUCACCUGGGACUUGACAUCUCAUGCCUCAGGAAUUUACAUUUUUAUUAAUUGAUUUAUGGAGGUUUUAAAGCACUUAUCUUGUUGUAAAAACCAACUACAGUGUAUAUGUUUUGUUGUUUUAUUACUUGAGCCUUUUGUGGUGCUAUAGAGAAA